AUGAGAUACGAGGACUGGGAUAUCCUCAUCUUCCCACGAGGCAGCAAGACUCCUGUUCGGGAAUUCAAGACAGCUUGCCAUGUCGUUCCUGACUCAGAAAGUGCCUACGCCCAUGGUUCGACAGGACUGCCCACUUUGACUUGCUUCAUUCCCAGCCUUCCGCCCGGAACUGCAUUCUCCGUCUCUCUACACAGCUGGGCAAGUCCGGAGAUCAGCCGAUUCACAAAGAGUUUUAGCGAGCACCCCGACUCUGCCACAUUCGAAGCUCGAGUUCUGAUCGAUGGCCGACUUGUCGCCUACGAGUUCCUCAAAUUCCCAUCGUUCCGCAACGAGCUACUUCGUCAAAGCUACUGGAACCCGGCAGAUGAGCUUGGCCGGAUCCGAAUCAUCAUCAGCGAAGGCUACCCGCGAGACUCGGCGACGGUUCCACUUGAACGUGUCAAGAACGUCAUGGCCUUUUCGUUUCAGCAUGCGCCACUGGAUGUCCUUGAGACUGCCGCCAUCGCAUGGCCGAACCCGACCAUGUGGCGCCGCGCAAUGAUCAGUCCUUCAAUUUCCGCCCGCACAUUCGGCAAGUUCGAAUCAUCAGAGAGUCAUGCCCACUCACCACGUUAUCAACUCAACCCUGCCGGUUCAUCUGCUUCUCUCGAUCAUCACAUGAGCAUUUCGAACAUGCCUCCAGACUACAACUCUCACGAUGCAGCCGAACUCUUGAAAACAAUGCCGUGCACAGAAGCGCUGCUACACCAUGCGACUAAUCUUCCAACGAAUUCGCAAGGCACUUAUAAAGCAAACUUGCAGACCGAUGGUGCGGGAGUUCCAGGUUCGAUGUCUCGACAGGCAAUCAUGCCAGCCCAGACCGACCUUGACGACCGUCGGUUCCUUUUCGGACACAAGGCUGUAGCUAAAUGGCCAAUGGUGCCUGCCGAAAUGCAACCGCGUCACGAUCUGAACAUGAGUAGGCAGCAGCUCCACGGUUCACCCAUGUUACGAAGUGAGGAAGAAGGCCUCGAGGAUCAGAGUGUGCCAGGUGUACCCACCAACACGCCUACGACUGGAAUCGAUACGCCUCUCGUGAGACACUUGUUCGUGGACGGGUCAACAGAUAUGACUGCAGCCGAGGCGCAACGUUUGUACGCACACAAGCAGAUUCCUGGGAGACUGGCCGCCACCUUGACGCAGUCUCUACUUAACCAGCCUGUUCCACUACCUGUUGGCCCAAUCCAGGCCCAACAGCCUGCGAGCGAAGUUAAGUCUCGUAAGGAGAAUCGAGCAUCGUCCUCGUCGUCUGCGGGAGGGGGAGCAUCGCUUCUGAACCACAACGACAUGCGCAGAGUAUCACAGUCGGCAUUGUCCCAUAAUUGUCUGGGCAGCGCUGAUUCUGCAGCAUCGACUUCCUCGCCCAGCUCGAGAGUCACAUCGGGAGUCCCUUCUCAUGGUUCCAGCCACGAGGAUGAAAUACAAGUUGUCACUGUAGCCAAGACCCAUUCAGUUCUGCAACCUUUGGAUGACAAGGUUCUGAACCACUCCGUCACGGGACAGAAGUCUGGUAACAAGUCUGUCACGGACAAAGGCAACAAGCGCAUUCGGCAGUUCACUCCUGCAAGUGUCAAAGCAAUUGACGAAGAAGACGAGCCACGAAGACCAAGCCCGCAUCUACGGGUGACAUCCGUCGACAGAGACGCUUGA